AUGAAUAGUGGACAAAAGAAGAGGAAUUUUCAGAUAGAGGCGUUUAAGCACAAAGUGGUGGUGGAUCCGAAGUAUGCAGAUAAAACAUGGAAGAUCCUGGAACACGCCAUUCAUGAGAUUUACAAUCAUAACGCCAGUGGCCUUAGCUUCGAAGAGCUCUACAGAAAUGCUUACAACAUGGUAUUACAUAAAUUUGGGGAGAAACUGUAUUCGGGACUUGUGUCUACAAUGACGUUCCAUCUGCAGGAGAUGUCAAAAUGUAUAGAGGCUGCCCAUGGUGGUUCAUUCUUGGAGGAGCUUAAUGUGAAAUGGUCUGAUCACAAUAAAGCACUGCAGAUGAUCCGUGACAUACUAAUGUACAUGGACAGGACUUUCAUACCAAACACUCGCAGAACCCCCGUUCAUGAGCUUGGGCUAAAUCUUUGGAGGGACAAUGUAAUUCACUUCCCUGAAAUCCAGACGAGGCUUCGGAACACACUUCUUGAACUGAUACUUAGAGAACGCAGUGGUGAAGUUAUUAACAGAGGACUGAUGAGAAGUAUAAUUAAAAUGCUAAUGGAUUUGGGAUCUUCAGUCUACCAUGAUGAUUUUGAGAAACAUUUUCUAGAAGUUUCUGCCGAUUUCUAUAGGGCAGAAUCCCAAGAAUUUAUCGAGUGCAGUGAUUGUGGGGACUACCUAAAGAAAGCUGAAAGACGUUUAAAUGAAGAAAUAGAGAGGGUAUCGCACUACUUGGAUGCAAAAAGUGAAGCCGAGAUAACUAAUGUUGUGGAAAAAGAGAUGAUUGCCAAUCACAUGCUUAGACUAGUUCACAUGGAAAAUUCAGGCUUGGUAAAGAUGAUUCGCGAUGAUCAGUUUGAAGAUUUGGGAAGAAUGUACAACUUAUUUCGCCGGGUAUCUAAUGGUCUCUCUACAAUUAGAGAUGUAAUGACGUCUCACAUUAGAGAUACUGGUAAACAACUUGUCACUGAUACUGAAAAAUCAAAGAAUCCUGUGGAGUUUGUUGAAUGCCUCCUUGCUAAACGGGACAAGUAUGACAAGAUCAUAGUCUCAGCCUUCAACAAUGACAAGACCUUCCAGAAUGCCUUGAACUCUUCUUUUGAAUAUUUCAUAAAUUUGAAUCCUCGUUCACCUGAGUACAUAUCAUUGUUUGUGGAUGAUAAACUGCGCAAAGGCUUGAAGGGAGUCAAAGAGGAGGACAUAGAGAUUAUUCUUGACAAGGUGAUGAUGUUGUUCCGUUACUUGCAGGAGAAAGAUGUUUUUGAGAAAUAUUAUAAACAACAUUUGGCCAAGCGACUCCUGUCCGGAAAAACGGUGUCUGAUGAUGCCGAGAGAAGUCUGAUUGUUAAACUGAAGACUGAAUGUGGGUAUCAGUUCACUUCCAAAUUAGAGGGCAUGUUUACAGACAUGAAGACAUCUCAGGACACUAUGCAAGGGUUUAAUGCAGCCUAUGGUCCUGAGCUUGGAAAUGGCCGUACACUGGUUGUUCAGGUUCUGACAACAGGGUCUUGGCCCACUCAACCCAGUGUUACUUGCAACCUUCCAGCUGAAAUGUCAGCUCUAUGUGAGAAGUUUCGAUCAUAUUACCUUGGGACCCACACAGGUCGAAGAUUGUCCUGGCAAACAAAUAUGGGCACGGCCGACUUGAGAGCAACGUUUGGUAAUGGCCAGAAGUAUGAGUUGAAUGUUUCGACACAUCAAAUGUGUGUCCUAAUGCUGUUUAACAAUGCUGAUUCUCUUAGCUAUAAGGAGAUCGAGCUGGCCACUGAGAUUCCAUCUUCUGAUUUGAAAAGGUGUCUGCAGUCCUUAGCCUGCGUUAAAGGAAAACAUGUCCUCCGUAAAGAACCCAUGAGCAAAGACAUUGGAGAAGAUGAUGCAUUUUCUGUCAAUGACAAAUUCACAAGCAAACUUCGCAAGGUGAAGAUAGGAACUGUAGUUGCGCAAAAAGAAUCCGAGCCUGAAAAACAAGAGACGAGGCAGAGGGUGGAGGAGGACAGGAAGCCCCAGAUCGAAGCUGCAAUCGUAAGAAUUAUGAAAUCCCGGAGAGUACUGGAUCAUAACAAUAUAAUUGCUGAGGUUACUAAGCAAUUGCAAUCUCGUUUUCUCGCCAACCCUGGAGAAAUAAAGAAACGGAUCGAGUCUCUUAUCGAGCGAGAUUUCUUGGAGAGGGAUAAUGCCGAUAGACGAUUGUACCGUUAUCUUGCCUGA